GUGCCGCGCGCUCUCAUCGUACAAUGUCGCCAUUUUGAUUCGAAAUUUAUGACUGAGUUUUUCUUGCUUUGCAUGUUAAACUUAGCCCCGCGUUUGAAUUACUUAAUGCGUGAGUACAAACCCUGCCCUGUCUAUCAGAAAGGACACGUAUCGCUUUUUAUUUUUAGAGGAAAUUAACGUAUGGACCUUGCGUAUUUAACAGUUUUGCAGCCACAUCUGACUAACGUUAGCGAAGUUGAGCUAGCUUACGUUAGCCCGUGCUUCUUCAAAACAAAUCACUCACAGGCUAACGGAUGUUAGCUAAGCUACCACGGCAAGCUACGUUAGCUACAUCGACCUAAUAGCUGGCUCUUGACUAUAAAACCCACAAAUAUCCAACAGAGAAGGAAGCAACAGCGGCGGACUUUCCAUCAAAGGUUAUGGUGAGCCUUACUGUGUCUCAUCUCCUUAAGAGGCCUUCGUUUUAAGAGGAGACCCAUGCUGAUAAAUGCCAGGCCUCGGCACACUCUCUGUUGUCUUCACAAAUACAAAUGCCUGCCUGCCCGUGGGGGAGUUCUGAUUAAAGAUUUCCAUAUUUCAUCCACUGGGUUGAGUCCUUCAUCCCAGCAGCCAUCAUGUUUUGGAAGUUUGACCUGCACAACAACUCCCACAUUGACCAGCUACUGGACAGGGAGGACGUGACGCUGAGAGAGCUGAUAGAAGAAGAUGACGUCUUGCAGGAGUGCAAGGCCCAAAACCGUCGGCUGCUCCUUUUUCUCUCUCAGGACCACUGCAUGCAAGAGCUGGUCAGCCUCAUUACCACAGAGCCACCUGCUGACCUGGAGGAGAAAUGCCGCUUCAAGUUUCCCAACAUUGCCUGUGAGCUCCUGACCUCCGAUGUGUCCAUUAUCAAUGAUAAGCUCGGUUCGGAUGAAUCUCUCCUGGAGAUGCUUUACCACUUCCUGGAGCAGGACCCGCCCCUCAACCCUUUACUUGCCAGUUUCUUCAGCAAAACUAUUGGAAAUCUCAUUGCCAGAAAAACUGAACAGGUGGUUGCCUUUUUAAAGAAAAAAGAAGGUUUUAUUGGUCUGGUGCUCAAACACAUUGACGCCUCUGCCAUGAUGGACCUGCUGCUUCGCCUCAUUAGUUGUGUAGAACCUGCUCCACUGAGGCAGGAAGUUCUGCAUUGGCUGAAUGAGGAAAGAUUGGUACAAAGACUCAUAGAACUUAUCCAUACUGGCAAAGAUGAAGAGAGACAAUCAAAUGCGUCCCAAACGCUUUGUGACAUCAUACGCCUUAGUCGAGACCAGGCCAAUCAGAUGCAGGAGAACGUGGAGUCUGACCCGCUAUUGGCUGUGUUGGAGUCGCAGGAAAUUGUUGCGGGCCUUCUCAAAAAUAUGUUUGAGGGAGAGAGGAGCGAGGCCUCCAUUGUUAAUGGAACUCAAGUGCUACUUACCUUAUUGGAGACCAGAAGAUCUGGGUUGGAAGGGUUAAUGGAUCUGUAUUCUCAGGGUUACGAAAGGUCUUACACUGUCAACAGCAGUAUUUUAAAUGCCAUUGAGCCCCAUUUAAAAGACUUCCAGCAGCUACUUCUGGACCCCCCUAAGAAAAGUGCAAUAUUGACAACCGUUGGCGUUCUAGAGCAGCCACUGGGGAACGCUCGCCUUCACGUGGCCCGGUUGGUGGCUGCCCUGUUGCAGACCAGUGUGUCCAGUAUCUGCCAGGAGCUCUGUAACCUUGCUAUCAUGGACCUACUACUGGAUCUGUUCUUCAAAUACUCCUGGAAUAACUUUUUGCACUUCCAAGUGGAGUUGUGUGUGGCAGCUAUCCUGAACCACCCUUCUUCAGAGGAGCAGCCGGGCACAGGCCUGCAGAACCACGACGAGCCGCCUGCAGCCUCUGACUCUGAGGUGCAGCAGGAGGGAGAAGAGAAGACAGCAACGAGCAGCAACCCACUAACAUCUAUUCAUACUGCCCUGGUGGCGCAUCUCUUCCAAAAGUGUCAGCUAGUCCAAAGGAUCCUCAGUGCUUGGGAAGAGAAUGAUAAGAUACAGGCUGAGGGGGGCACUAGGAGAGGGAACAUGGGCCAUCUUACUAGAAUUGCCAACAUGGUGGUCCAGAACCUGGAAAAAGGACCAGUACAGGCUCAAAUCGCAGACCUCAUCAAAGAACUGCCUGAAGACUGCCGAGGUCGCUGGGAGAGCUUUGUGGACGAGACCCUGAGAGAAACCAACAGGAGAAACACAGUAGAGCUGGUAAGCACCCACAAUAUGCACUCAUCCAGCGAGGAUGAUGACUUGGACCCCCCCUUCCCCAACGAUUUGUCUCUUCAGCAGGCCUUUUCAGAUUAUCAGAUCCAACAGAUGACUGCCAACUUUGUGGAACAGUUUGGAUUCCAUGACGAGGAGUUCAGCGAACACGAUGAAAACAUCAACGCCACAUUUGACAGGAUUGCAGACAUAGAAUUCAUCCUAGAUGCUGAUGAUAAUAGUGCCAAUGCAGCUGCUUUUGAAGCCUGCUGUAAAGAGAGGAUACAUCAGUUUGAUGAUGUAGAUGAGGACGAGGACAUUUGGGAGGACAGAGACAUCGACUAUGCAACACAAGCUAAAUGCAGGACAAGAUUUGGGGUCUCGCAAACCUCAGAGGGAAACUCUAGAAACAGCAUGGAAAAUGGCCGCCAGGAGCAGGAUCACGGGUCUGAAUCUGAUGAGGAUGAAGAUUCUGAACAGAACACAUCAGAUGGAGGUCCAGGCUGGACGGCAAGUUUCAGGGAAUCUGAAAAGACUGUUGCAUCCCAGAUGCCGGUGGGGUGGGAAAACUCAGGUGGGAGUGGAGCAGAAACUCAAGAAAUGGGCUGGGCCAACUUCUCAGAGCUCCAGCCUUCCACAGGUACUGAAACUGCUCCCAGCUGCAGCUCUCCUGGAGGUAGCACUGAUGCAGAUAAACAAGCCAAACAGAACCAAGAGAAGAGUGAGGAUGCUGACGCCUCCUCUGAAACCUCCUCUGAUGCUUUGCCAGUUGGAGAGGAGAAGAAGGCUCCACUUGUGGCCUCAGACAGCAGCUCCUCUGGGGAAUCUGACAGCAAAGAGGAGAAAGCUGGCGCUCCUCCAGCAGCAACGAUUACCACAGAAACAGCCCCUGUUAACCAAACGGUUGAUGUAAAAAGCGAGGACAGUCCAGUGUCUCUGGAGAAACUGUCUCUGUCAGAUCCUCCUGAAGCUUCAGAGCAGCCAGCAGAGGACUCGCCUGUAAACAACCAUAAUAAUAAAAAGGAGGAGUCGCCGCCGCCACUGUCCCAAGAAGUGUCCGUCAACGGGCCGGUGUGAGGAUGAGGGGACACAGACACAGAUCGGUGAUGUCACCGCAGGCUGUGGGCCUCCUCCAGAGUGACUCCUCUAAACAACUUCACUGCUACUAAAGUGUUUUACCUGAAUCACUCUGCCAUGUUAUUGGACCCGGACACUGCCAAUCAGCACCGAUAAUGAAGCGGCGGAACAACAAAAAAAAAGAGAGAGAGAGAGAGAAGGAAACGCCCAACAGACAGAAGAGAGUCCAGAGAAAUCUUCAAAGCUUUUUUCAGAUGUUGCACAUAAUGACGUGCAGUUUUAAUGUAGCAGUGAUCUUUGAAAUGACAGAAUCCGAGGGGGUAACACCAUCUAUGUUAUUUUUUUAAUAUCCAGACAGAUUUUUCUCCUCCUUACCGAUAGGGAUUUUACAUUCGGACCCCUGAGUGGAUAGCACAGGCUUGAUUUUUAAUGAUGCCUCAACAAUAAAUACCCGUUCUUUGAAAGACUUUUAUUUUAUGUUUCUUCAAGCUUACAGAAAAAAAGCACUUAUGCAGCCAUUUACAGGACGUUAUAGCACAAAGCUUAUUUCUGCUGGCUGUCUCAUCUGUCUCGUUCAAAUCCGAGUCUCCAGACAAAGUUUUGGGGUUUUUUUUUUUUUUUUUUUUUUUGGUUGCCGUUUCUGCAACUUGUCAUACUUCACCGUGUUGGAAUGUUGUGAUGUGCUUCAGGAGGGUUGAUGAACAGAUAUCUAAUAGUAUUACUGUCUUUUGCUCGUGCAAUAAUUCCAGUUAGCAGUUUUAUUUAAAAAAAACUAACUUUUUUUUUCUUUUUAAGAAUCAGUCCAGUGUUGGAGACAUUUGGUGUACUUUUGGGCAAAUUUGGGUAUAAUCUCAAGCAGAAGAUUCUUAUUUUUACAUAUUUUCUUAUUUUUAUGUGCAUGUAUAUCAGGUUCUCUGUUGACCUAGCUAGUGAGCUAAGACCUUCUGAUUGUAAUGACUUAAAAGUUCUUUUUGCUUUCCCCCUUAAAUCAACCAAACAUUAUCUACCUAUAUACAAAUAUUAUCUACAUUUAAAAGUAAUUUUACAAGCAGUUUUAGGGUUAUUAUUGUUGUCUGUUCCUUUUUUCUUCUCUUUUCACCAAGCACUUACUCACAUGGCUGGAGGGGCAUUUGGUAAGAGUGACACGGUAAACGUUUUAUCUUUUUUAACUUCAUUUUCUGUCUGAGCAGCAGAGUUGGGACAGUGCUGGCCUGCAGAGCUCCAGGCCGCUUUGAUGUACUUGCAUAAAUCAUUUUAACAUCAGUCAGGUUCCACAAUCAUUGUUUCAAGAGACAUUGCAAUUAAAAACAUCUGGUUUUCCACAUUAUUAGCAACA